AUGUCGAAUAUUUCACAGUAUCUUCGAACAUUUGUUUGUGGUCCUAAGAUACACGGUUUGUUUAUGGAACGCAGUAGUUCUCGAUAUGCUAGCAAUUCUUUGGAAUCACUGGGUGAUACAAUGAUAACUUUUUUGAAUGGAAGCAAACAUUUUUGUACAGCCUUGUCACCAAUCUUAUUUAUGUUCGCAUAUAAUAAAGCACUUAUUAAUGGACCGAAUUUGACGGUGAUGAUUAAAUUUAUUGCUAUUUAUUAUUUGGUUGGUUUAAGUGCACGAACACUUGGUAGGCUUAGUAAUCCGGAAUAUCGAAAAUUUUCUGGCCUUCUAAUUCAAUCGCGAAUGGGGGAAGGAAGCUGUUCACAUGCGCAGUUGGAUUUGUACGAUUAUGAGAUUUUCGCAGCACCGACAAAAUUUGUUGCUCGCAAAGUUGAACGAAAAAUGAUUCGUUCUCCAACCGAUGAUUUGGUUCCAUCGAACGUUUUAUUUGCAACCUUAAAAGAUUUGUUAGCAUAUGUGACUGUGCAUACAUUUGGACGUCGAAUGCUUUAUCCAGGGUCAGUUUCACUUUUUAAAGCGUUGGUUUCAUCGGUUGCUAUCGAAAAUCGCCGGAAACUUGUUGUUGAAAAGGGUGGAUUACGAAGUGUUAUUGUCACCGCAGAUGAUAAUAAAAUUGAUACUAUGUUUAUUGAUCGUCGAAAUGAUGAUAAUGAAAGGAGUAAUAUUUUGGUUGUGACUUGCGAAGGCAACGCUGGAUUUUAUGAAGCUGGUAUAAUGGUUACGCCUAUUUCGUUAGGGUAUUCUGUACUCGGAUGGAAUGCGCCUGGUUAUGUGGAAAGCAGCGGCGAUGCAAUGCCAGUGCAAAUAAUCAAUGCUAUGGAUGCUGUAAUGCAGUAUGCCAUUGAUAAACUUGGUUUUAGUGAAAAUCAGAUUGUUAUAUUUGCUUGGUCCAUUGGAGGAUUUCCUGCUACUUGGGCAGCUGCUAAUUAUCCAAAUAUAAAAGGUCUGAUACUCGAUGCUACUUUUGAUGAUCUUUUGCCAUUAGCUAUUGAAAAAAUGCCACAAUCUUGGUCGUUUUUUGUUGAAUAUGUUGUCCGUAGUUAUUUAGAUUUGCCGAUAGCGAAACAGCUUGCUCGAUAUAAUGGACCAGUUUUGCUUAUUCGACGGUUGUUAGAUGAACUGGUCACAACGAAUGAUUCAGGGACAGACGAUGAACGUCGAGCCUCAAAUCGUGCCAAUGCACUUUUAAAAGAAUUAUUAGAAACUAGAUAUCCGGGACUUCUCAACGGAUUUGAAUAUUAUGUCGAAAAAUGGCUUUCUUCUGAUCAAGUUGAGCGUGUGAAUUUGUUACCAAGUGACUAUUUAGUACCACAUUCUAGAAAUUAUAAAGAAAUGACCAAAAAUCAAAGAAUUGAUCUUAUUUAUUAUUAUUGUUCCAAAUAUUUUAUAGAUUUUGAUUCAACACAUAAUACUCCAUUAAAUCCAAAUUUAUUUAUAAUUCCUUCUCCUGUUUAA